CUUGUCUGUGAAACAAGAGAGUUCAGUGCUGGGGCUGGGGGAAUAAACGAAGACCUCGGGGCUGCACCGUUAGUAAACCCAUGGGAGGGUGUGUGGGCUCUCACCAUGACUCUUCGGGCAGUUUAAACGAAAAUUCAGACGGAACUGGAGUUGCUUUGGGUCGUAAUCAGCCUCUUAAGAAAGAGAAGCCUAAAUGGAAGAGUGAUUACCCCAUGACAGACGGACAGCUUCGCAGCAAGCGGGAUGAAUUCUGGGACACUGCACCUGCUUUUGAGGGACGCAAAGAGAUUUGGGAUGCCCUCAAGGCUGCUGCCCAUGCUUUUGAAAGCAAUGACCAAGAACUGGCACAGGCCAUUAUUGAUGGUGCGAAUAUAACUUUACCACACGGUGCCCUUACAGAAUGCUAUGAUGAACUGGGCAACAGAUACCAGCUGCCAGUCUACUGCCUGGCUCUUCCCAUCAACAUGAUUGAAGAGAAGAGCGACCUGGAGAUCCUGGACAUCCCUGACCCGCCCCCCAACUCCGGGCAUGAGUGCCAGCUCCGCCUGCGUCUGUCCACGGGCAAGGACCUCAAACUGCCCGUUCGCAGCACUGACUCUGUCCACCACAUGAAGCGACGGCUGCACUCCGAGGAGGGGGUGGAGCCCUGCAGCCAACGGUGGUUCUUUUCUGGCCGGCCUCUGAUAGAUAAAAUGAAACUCGAGGAACUGAAAAUCUCCAAGGACUAUGUAGUGCAGGUGAUCGUCAGCCAGCCUCUGCAGAGCCCAACACCUGUGGAAAACUGAAAAAAAAAAAGUUUUUUCUUGUCUUUUUUCUACUUUUUGGUUUUUCUCUUUUUUUUUCUGCACACUAAUUUGUACAAAUAUUUAAAUCAUCCUUCCGUCUGUGAUGGAAAUAAAAGGCAACUUGGUGCUGGCCCAUGUGAAGAGAACAAGAAAAACGGACGCACUGAAUAGCUGUUUGUCUUGGUGAUAGUAAGCAAUGCUGUUGUCUGCAGAAGGCAGAUUUUUUUUUUAUUUUGUUUUAUUUUUUGUCUACAGAUCUACCAAAAAGGAAAUGUGUAGGAGUGAAGCUGUUAAUGUAUGUAAAAAUGACACAUACUUUUAUAACUGAGUAGAUCUUUAGCUGAUAAUUUCUUUUUGGAGCUAAAAGGGUAAUAUUUAGUGGGGUAACCAUGUACAGUAUGUAACUAGAUUAUUAUUAUUAUUAUUAUUAUUAUUAUUAUUAUUAUUAUUUGUUUUGUUGUAGUAGUAGUAGUAGUAGUAGUAGUAGUAGUAAAUAUAGUAGAAGCGUACUGUUUUUGUAAUGGACAAUAGAUGCCUUUUGGAUUGCAUGCAAGUUAAAUCCGCAGUCAAGGCUAGAUGAGUCUAGAUAACCACGGAGAAUGAUUUGUCGGAUGAUUGUUGAUGAGGAUGGUCACAUUUGUACAGUGGGUUUGCUCUUUUUGGCACUGGUGGAAUGCUGUCUGUCAAAGAGCAUGGCAUAAGUUUUUUUAUAAGAACAUGAAAUCAAAAACACCACAGUGGCUUGAUCUGCCCCUGGACCUAUAGCUCACAUGUAGGAAAGGUCGCUCCCACUACCAGCAGCAAUACCAAGCACAGAGUACAGGAACUCUAAUGUAGGUAAGAUCAAAUCGGGGAAAUUCUGCAACAACCACAGCGGAACUAGUAUCCCCACAUACACACGCACACAAACAGAAACACCUGCCCAAGCUCACACACAUAUACAUAGAAAUGCAAGCUAUUUUCUGAGGUCCACUAGAUACUAUACAAAUCAGGGCAGGCUGCAUUGAAACCAGCACAUCCCAUUCUAUAAAGAACACCUGGACAAUAAAUAAGAUUGGAUGUAAAGGCAACGUUUAUAACUUUUAUUCUGUUUUGUAUGUGUGUUAAUAGGACGAAAUGUCUUUUUUUUUUUUUUUUUUUUU